AUGGAUCAGGGUGAUCAAGGCGCAGGCCAUGAGGGCUUCAUCAAGAGAACCAGGCUAUCUCGACGCCCUGCCACUGACUACAGUGCGAACAUGGCACAGUUCGUGCACAAUCGCAGGCCGCAGUACAAGGGAACUAUGGGAUUCGAGAUGGAGAGACCCAGUGCUAGCUACGUGAUAGACAUGCUCCUACCACCAGCCCGCAGAGGCAAUGCAGUAGAUUCAGUCCCCGCUAGACAUUUACAUUCGUCCUUAAACAAGAUGCGCCAUCCUGUCAACGUGGUCAAAUGGACGCCAGAAGGGAGACGUCUACUCACUGGUUCAACAAGUGGUGAAUUCACCUUGUGGAACGGCACGGCAUUCAACUUCGAGACAAUCAUGCAGGCUCACGACAGUGCAGUGCGAGCAGUGGCAUACUCGCACAGUAAUGACUGGCUCAUCUCUGCUGAACAAGCUGGCAUCGUCAAAUACUGGCAACCAAACUUCAAUAACGUGAAGUCUUUACAAGCGCACAACGACCCCGUUCGAGAUCUGGCAUUUGCGCCCACCGAUACCAAGUUUGUGACAGCAGCAGAUGACGCCCACCUCAAAAUCUUCGAUUUUGCUGGCGGUGUGGAGGAGCUGGUUUUGGAAGGUCAUCAAUGGGACGCUAAAUGCGUCGACUGGCAUCCUACCAAAGGGCUUUUGGUUUCUGGCUCGAAAGACCAUCAAAUCAAGCUCUGGGAUCCUCGAAACGGACGAUGUCUUACCACUCUUCAUGGCCAUAAGAACACCGUAAGCAAGACGCUUUUUGAACCGACAAAUGGUGUGCUACUGGCUUCUUGUGCGCGUGAUUCGACUGCAAGAGUUUUCGACAUACGAAUGAUGAGAGACGUCUUCUUACUCCGCGGUCACGAAAAAGACAUCAGCACGCUUGCUUGGCACCCAAUCCACUCUAACUUCCUGACAACUGGAGGUGCCGACGGCGCAAUGCAUCACUAUCUGUUGGACGAGCAGAACCUUCCAGCUGGUUCAGCACCCACAUUAUCACCUUACGACGCGCCGGAGAACUCAGACGCUCCUGCUCAAACCAUAUACCCUGCCCAUCGUGUCACAUAUGCUCACGACUUUGCCAUCUGGAGUCUCGACUGGCAUCCUCUCGGUCACAUCCUGGCUUCCGGGUCAAACGACAGAGCAACGAGGUUUUGGUCAAGGCCGAGACCUGGUGACAACACGUACAAGGACGACCGAUGGCACAUCGGACAGACAGCAGCAGAAGCUCAAGGAACAUGGAAACGUACAACAGAUCGGACAGCUAGAGACGAGGAGGAAGAACUUGAGGAUGAGGCGGAUGGUCUUGUUGAUCAACAGAUGCCCGCUCGUCAAAACAUGCUACCUGGCCUUGCGGGUCUUCCUGGCAUCUCUGCGCCCAGACCAGCAUUCCCAGAUGGAACCAGCACUGGAGGUGCUCAGCCGCUGCCCAUGCCUGGUAUGGCUAGUAAUGGACUACCUUUCCCAGGUGGCCCACCAAUGCUCGGGGGACAAGGCUUGCCAUUCUCCUUGCCGCAUGGCGGCGCACCGCCACCACCCCUUCCUGGAAACAUGGACAUGGAAAAACUCAAGCAAAUGUUUGGCGGGCAACUUCCUCCUAUGCCUCCACCAGGUGCUCAACAAGGAUUUCCACCACCACCACCGCCUGGAUUCCCUGGCGGACAAGGCCUUCCACCACCCCCGAUGCCUUUCCCAGGCUUUGCCGGAGCGCCUCCUAUACCUCCGCCAGGCUUCCCAGGGUUCCCGCCAGGUAAUGCACCUCAAGAUCUACAAGGACAGAACAGGAGGAGGGCCCCGCUUCCGAGCCAGAGUGAGAGCUUGCAAGAGGAGAUCAGAAGAGGAAAAUACCCCAGGGCAAGAUGA